CGCCCGGCUGAAAAAGUCCCUUGCGACUAUCAUAGCCCCCUCCCCCGCCAAAAAGUGAACGGCAGAAAAAUAGUCAACCCUCCUGCAUGCGCCUUGAUUUGCAUCGAGUGAGGAUUGCUUUUUGUCUACCAUAUGGUCCAAGACUUAUUGAUACUUAGUCAUAGAGUUUGACUUCAUUUCUGGUUUAAUACCACAAGGAUACAUUCAUUCUAUUUGAGGCUUCGAGUCUUCAUUUCCUUGCCCUCAAUUCCACUUGUCUAUUGUCGCAACCGAACACUCUCUACCAGACAAAAUGCCUGACUAUGAUAGCUACCAAACCCCGCUGGGUAUGAGAUACGCCAGUCGGGAGAUGCUGACACUGUUCUCCCCUCGAAGCCGCAACAACACCUGGCGGCAACUCUGGAUUCAUCUCGCCGAGGCUGAACACGAACUUGGCCUGCCCCAAGUUACCCAGGAAAAGAUUGAUGAGCUUAAGGCACAUGCCCAUGUAACAGACGAGGCCUUUGAGGUGAUCAAGGCCGAGGAGAAGAUCCGUCGCCAUGAUGUUAUGGCUGCCGUACACGCAUACGGAAAGGAGGCCCCGGGGGCGGCCGGUAUCAUCCAUCUGGGUGCCACAUCGUGCUAUGUGACUGACAACGCGGAGCUCAUCUUCAUCAAGAAGGGCCUUGAGCUGCUUCUGCCCAAGUUGGCCAAGGUCAUCAGCAAUCUCCAAAAGUUCGCCCUCAAGUACAAGGACCUCCCGACACUCGGCUAUACUCACCUCCAGCCAGCCCAGCUCAUCACAGUCGGCAAGCGGGUGUGCCAAUGGAUCCAAGAGCUGGCAAUGGAUCUGGAGGAUAUAGAGCACGUUCUUUCCGCCCUCAAGUUGCGCGGUAUCCAGGGAACGACUGGAACCAAAGCAUCCUUCAUGGAGCUCUUCCAGGGGGAUGAGGUUAAAGUAAAUAAGCUCAAUGACAUAUUGUGCAAGAAGCUGGGCUUCCAGGGUGUCUAUGACAUCUCCACGCAGACUUACACCCGAAAGGUCGACCUGCGUGUCGCAAACGCGCUUUCUGCUUUUGGCGCCACAGCCGAGCGCAUCAGCCUGGACAUCAGGCAUCUGGCCAACUGGAAGGAGAUUGAGGAGCCUUUCGAGGCGGGCCAGAUCGGAUCGUCAGCAAUGGCGUACAAGAGGAACCCAAUGCGCAGCGAGCGCAUCACCAGUCUCGGGCGCAAACUUUCCACCCUGUCCGUCAACUUCACCAAGACAUUUGAGGUGCAGAUGAUGGAGCGCACGCUGGACGACUCAGCCAUCCGUCGCAUUGACAUUCCCGAGAUGUUCCUGCUCGCUGAUGCUAUUUUGAUCUCCCUCGACAACGUGACGGACGGCCUGGUUGUCUACCCUGCUACAGUCCGCAGCCGUGUUAUGCAAGAGCUUCCAUUCAUGGCAACCGAGAACAUCAUCAUGAAGAUGGUUGCCCAAGGCGCAUCGCGACAGGAAUGCCACGAAGAGAUCAGGGUACUGUCUCAUCAAGCGUCGCACGCGGUCAAGAUGGAAGGAAAGAGCAACGAUCUGCUAGAGAGGAUCAAGAACACCGAAUACUUCAAGCCGGUGCAUGCCGAGCUUGAUGCAAUGCUGGACCCUGCACUUUUCACUGGCUGCUCACAAUCUAUUGUCGAGCGGUACUGUGGCCCUGAUGGAACUGUGGAGAAGGCGUUGGCACCCUACAAAGAACACAUAGCAUCUGCGGCCACUGCGGAGCUUUCUGUAUAGGCUUUGGGAAGGGGAGAAGAUUGUAAAUAGUCUGUAAAAAAAAAAAAAAAAAAAAGGAGGGAAGCCUCGGUAGGGUGAAUGAAUGGAAUCACUUGGAUGAUAAAUUAUGCCCUAAGCAUGAAAAUCAGCCAGACGAGAUAUGAUCAAGAGUGGACAGCCA